AGCGCCCGUGGAGCACGUUUCUCGCCAGCGGUAUUUAAUUUUUUGACGGUUCCUAUCCCCGAGUUUUUCCAACAACACACAAUGAGAAAAUCAUCGAGAGGAUUUCAGGCAGUGCGUCCCAACGAAUGCGAAUCGGAAGAAGCUCCAGCCGGAGAUGGAGCCACCUCCUCCGCGGUGCGCCUGCUGAGGAUUCCCCGGGCAGCGCCCGGCAUCGACCACUAUGGAUUCCAUCUGACCCGCAGCAAAUGGGACCCCUAUCCCUGGGUAUGCGAGGUGGCACCUGGCACACCUGCCGCACUCUCCGGCCUCAGGCCUGGCGACUGUGUUCUGGAGGUCAAUGGCAACGACGUACUGGGCUUGAGAGUAUCUGAAGUGGCCCAAAUAGUGAAGAGCCAGGAGGAUUGCGUUACGAUGCUUUGCUGGAGCAGUGUUUGCGAAAAGGAGUGCGAUAAGAAUAGCAUCUGCUGCGCCCCCAUGCCCACCAGCCUGCGUCGCCUCUCCCUCGUCCUGGAGAGCAUCCUCCGGCUGAUUGAGUGUCCUGUAUGCAGCAUCACCAUCGCUCCACCUGCAAUGCAGUGCCAGAACGGCCACCUGGUCUGCGUGGACUGUCGCAUCCGCUCCGAACGUUGUCCCGUCUGCCGGGACUUUUAUACGCCAAGCCGGGCUCUAUUGGCGGAGCAGAUUUACCUGACCAUUGUCAAUGCGUUCGAGAUGUGCCGCCAGGAGAACAAGCUCCGACAGAAGCUCUUUUCCGGGAUCACGCGACCUGUCCCCAGCCCCACGCUGGCCGAAAGGACAGCCCAGCUAAUGGGGAAGGACUCUUGGCGGAAACGCAAGCCCGUUUUGCCAACGAACAGGUUCCUAACCAAGCUGCUCGAGGGCUACGCCUAUUCCAAGGACAAUCUUUCGCCCACGAACGCGGCCACCCUGCUGAGGACCAGUUCCAGGGAUAGCCGCAGGCACUCCGGCGGAAUCCAAGCGACAACUAUGGACGCCCCGCCUGAUGGGAAUCCGGAGCCUGCGAAUGAUUUACGGUGCGAAGGAGUUGAGCCCAGCGCCGAGGGCGUUGACGAAGUCUCGCAAUCGGAAUCGGACAGCAGUCACAGCUCCUCUCUGGAGGAGCAGCUGCCACCGCCUGUCAGCGAACAGGCCGACCCGCCGCCUGCCACUCCUUGCCAAGGACAGCCGGAGCAUGUUGAUGCUGUCCAGGCUAAGCCGGUCUCCGUGACCGCUCUCUGCCGCUGUCCCUGUGGGAUGGAGCCACAGGGUGAGGGGCAGGCGAUGCACCAGAACUGCUGCUACAAAUCCGCUUUCCGUUUGCUUUGAGUCCCAGCAUCUCAAUCAGCGGCAUCCUCUUAUCAGAGGAAGCCCCUGUCUCCCACCCAUACUCCUACUGGUGCCGGCGGACUCUUACUAAUUAAAUUAAAUGCCAGUUGCUUUGCCAAAGUUCCUUAUCGCGAGAAGAAACGAACUGCGCAAAAGAAUUGAAUGGCUUUCCGCCCCGGACAAAGGCCGUGAUGGAGAUGCAAAGAAGUUGGUCCGGAGCUGGAGCACUCUGUCACUCAGAGUGAACUGCAGCCAAGAGUUGCUCCGGGGAAGCCGAGUUAAGUUUUAAUUUAAUCACUCCUGAACGCUUCAAUGACUUUGUGUCAUUUGGCGUCAGACUUGAGCAGCUCGAUAAUGAACCCGGGCAGUCCGGAAUGUCAGAGCUAUUUGAUGCAUGUUUUAGACUCCCACAGACAGAAAUAAUGUGCAUCUUUACAUUGGAAAAGGAUGUUUUGCGAAACUAUUUACUUUAACGAACGAAGUAGUAAGAGUUUAAGCAUAAAAAUAAAUUGGUUCCAGUCUGUUUAAAUAUUUA